UGUAACGACUGUCAUUCUGCGUAAAUGCUGCGCACGGUUAAUCAACUUGAGCUCUGCACUUGGCCUUGAGGACGAUUGAGGAUCUUUAAAUUAUGAGCAAAAAAUAAUCUUAAUAUUACAAACAAUAAUAAUUAAUCAUGAGCGCGUCCAACUCCUUCCAUAAAGCUGAGAUCAUCACUGCAGUGUCUGUGACAUUUGGAGCUGCAGCAGUGGGAAUCCUAAUCUACAAGACAUUUUUCAGCAAAAGCAAAUGUGUGAAGCCAAAGGUCAACCUUGAUCUGCAGAAAGACAACCCCAAAGUGGUACAUGCAUUUGACAUUGAGGACCUGGGCGACAAAGCUGUGUACUGUAGAUGCUGGAGAUCCAAAAAGUUUCCAUACUGUGAUGGUGCACAUGCUAAACACAAUCAGGAAACUGGAGACAAUGUUGGUCCUCUGAUCAUUAAACGCAAGGAGGCAUGAGCAUUUCCACAGUUCAUUCCAGUCCUUUCUCAGCGAUAGAGAUUAGUGUGUCUUUACUUUACCUUUACAUGUGUGAUCAGGGCAAAUUUGACUAAAUGUGUGAUUCUAUUAUCCUGUGUAUGUGUGCUUAAUCAUAUACUGUGUACUUGAAAGGUUUCAGUGAUCUGUUUUCAGACAGUACUAUAUCUGGGUGGUUGUUAAGCAAUACAUAGGUUUUCUCUUUUUAUCUCCUUAGGAUGUGUUCUGGUUUAGCCAAACUCUCCUAAACACGUUUCUGUGCUUAAACACUGGUCGUAUUAUUGUAGACAAAAACUUGAAUUGAAAAAACACAUUAGUCUGAGUCUGAACUGAAUCUUGUUUGUUUUGAGAGAGAAAUAUGAAUGUGGAAUGUGUAUCAAAACCAAAUGGCCAUCUUCUCAUGUUUUCUUCCCAUGUGUUGCCUAUUUAAACUUCACAUGUAACCUUAACUGAUCACUGACAUUAAAUGUAUUUAAAGUGGCAUCUCCAAUAAUAUACUAUAUCUAUAUAUUUUGAAUCAUAGUAGUAACAAAAUCGGAAAGGUACUGUUUUAUGUCAUUUGAAAUCUAAUUUGGAGUAUUUUGGCUUUUGCUAUUCAGAAAGAUGAACUUGUGGAAUGAUUAGAUCUAUUUCUAUAACAGAACAAAACGUUACAUGGCGCAAAAUCAUGUUUUGAUGAGCUUGUCUUUUCUGUGAAAUUAUUGUAUUUUCUCUCAGAAAAGUGCACUGGACAAGUUUGAUGUUAAAUAAACAAUUUCAAA